UCUCUUCCUCUAGUAAACCGCGGACAGUCGCGCGAACUUGACGUGUGCUCGGAACAUACUACCGAUAAAACUAAUUACUGCUAAUUGGUGUUACAUUACGCAGUGUGGAAUUGAUUUUAAAAUUCACGAGAUUUACGUCUAUCAAACACUCGCCCGAAAGCUCAAAAUCGUUUGCGAGGACAGUGAAGUUUCGUUUUCAGUGCACUUUAUUACUUUUGGUAAAAUUUUGUGAAUUUUGGAAGUUCGCGUGCUAACGGACGGAUUGAUCUCCUGUCACGUUAUUUGGAAUCUUAAUUGGUGGCUAACAAUGACAUAACGGUCAAAAUGGCGCUACGACUCAAGAAGGACAUAAAGAAAGCGUCGUACUACGUGUGGUUCCUCGGUGCGCAGGAGUCGCGCGGUCUGCGCGGGGAGGAGUUCGCAUUACCUGCGAUACGCAUACUAGAAGAGAGGGCAAGGGAUUUGGAACCUUUCAAGGUCACCUUACAGGUGUCACACAAAGGUCUGAAGAUCAUCCAGAAUGUGACGAGCAAGGGCAAGCAGCAGACGAUCAAGCACUUCAUCCCGCACGGCUCGAUCACGAGCGCGGUGGUGCAGGGCGACGUGGUGGCGUGCGUGCUGCUGCUGUACAACCCCAUCACCGGCUGCCCCGUGCAUGUGCAUGCUUACAGAUGCGACUCUGACCAUACCGCGGAAAUGCUAUACACCCAUUUACUGGCAUUAAUCGAGCGUCCGGAAAAUCAGAAGAAAUUUGCAGACAUUGAGAGGAAACUUCAAAUGAGGGGUGCCUUGCCGAGCAGUAAGAAGCCGCCAGACUCCAGUCUGGGCAGCGAAGUUUCUAGAGAAUCGGAUUCUGGAAGCAAUGAAGACAGAAAUGUAGCCAAUCUGUACGACAGUUUGGCAGCAGAGUUGAAGCAAAAGUUGUCUACAGGUAAAAAGGGAUUAGGUAAAAGCCCGAUCCUCCUACCACCACGGGACUACGACACAGUCCACAGACAGAAGGGAAACCUAAACAACAUCGACACCCGACGUUGCUUGAACCAGAACAUAGUUGGAGUAAACGCGAGACGCAAGCUGGAGUCUUCUGGUGGUAGUUCUGGUAUUGGAAGCGAUCUGGCCCCAUCGCCAGAGCGGAAUGAAUAUAGACCACACGACAAUCAUAGUACUAGUGAGGAAGACUGGGCAGAAAGCACCGCGUACAUGAUGCACGAAGCGUUCGACGCGUCUCCGCCUCGCCGCGCCCCCUCCCCGCGCCGCGCCUCGCCCCCGCGCCGCACCCUCUCCCCGCGCAACUACGACAGGACUCCCGCUUACAACGACGACUUCGCCGACCAGUUCAGAGACUCGCUAGCCCCCUUCCGGGAAGCCACCUUCGAGCGGCGAUUUAGACACGAAUCUCUCGAACGUGUCAACAAAGAAAAACCUGACAAAUUUGCCGAAGACACACCUAACUACAGACGGCGAUACGUCCCAGACACCAAACCUUCAAACAGAAGUAUAGACAGAGUCGAAGAUCGGCGCUUCGGCAAACUCCAGCGAGGAGCUAGCGAGGGCAGUCUAAAACUAGCAGAAGCGUCACCGAAAGAGAGAUUCAACGUCGCCAAGGAGAAAUUCAAAAACUUGGAAAGGGAGAGAUUCAACAGGGAGCUCGAGGCGCACAUGGCCAUGAGGCGGAGCAUGCUAGAGGCGAGGAACAGUCGCUCGACUUCUUCUCCUGAGGAAGAACGACGGGACGAGCGACAGGAACGUCACAGGGAAGUUAGCUCUCGGCGGGAACCGGAGCGUCCGCACCGCGACGCGGAACGUUCCCACCGAGAGCCCGAGAGACGUAAAGAGGACAGAGUUCGCGAUCUCGGCGCUGACUUGGGGCACCGCGAGAUUGAACGACUCCCGCGAGUCGGCAGAAAACGCGACGACCUCAAGCGAUACGAGUACGGCACGGAAGACUAUUUGAACAGAAUCGAGCCGAAACCGCUCAGAGAGGACUAUGACAGAUAUCGCGAGCGCGACAGAAGGGAAGUGGACCGCCACGUGGAUGAAGAUGAAAUCAUCGAGCCGGUAGUGGAAGAGCGGAGACGGGACUGGAACGACAGGCAGAGAGCCUUCAGCCGUUCCCGUUUGCUGGACGAGCAGAGACAAUCCUACGCGGAGGGAGACCGGGAUAGGUUUUACGAAAGGGACUACAGAGAUUUCCGCGACCUCGCUGAGAGACAGCCGACGAAGUUCCGCCACAGUUACGCGGAACCGAUAUCCAGGGGUCGCCUCGGAACCGUCAGACCGUAUUGAAAAUGCCAUAAUAGAUAGUCUGAGCGUUAUUGUAAAGAUACCUGCUUAUAAACUUGGUAAUCACAAAUUAUUAUGGGUAUAUUAUAUGUAUAGAGCGUUAUUGUUAUUUCUAGUUUGUCAUCACAUUUUUAUAAUGAGAGACGUUCAUAUAGAUGUAUGUAUGAGAUUAAACUGUACGUUGUUUAAGAUUUCGAUCAUGUUUAUAGCUAGUCUUUUAAAAAUUAUUCUUUUAUGUAACAGACGAAACCAUUUAUAUUAUAUCAUCUCGUUGUUUAAUGCACAUAAACAUGUUGUUAAACUGAUUAUUCCAUUUUUAGUCACAUUUAAUGCCUCAUAAAGAUUCUACUAUCAGAGAAAAGACCAUAAAGGUAAUUUAAAUUCGCUCUCAUUUGCUUAGAUCCAAUGAAAAGUGAAAAAUGUACUAGACCCUAUUUUUAUUAUCAGUAAAAAUAGACGUAUAAUAAAUUUUGUUACCAAUUUUGUGAACAAUCGUUCGUUUUGAUCUAUUUUUUAGAUUUAUUGAUAACAAAGAAAGGUUUUUUUUUUAUUUUUACUUUAGUAACAUUGAAUAGGAAUUAUUCUUCCUAUUUUUAUAUAUGUAUAACAAUAUCUUAAAAAUGGAAUAAUAAGUCAACAAAAUAUGUGCUCUUUUAUAAAUACUCAAAAUAUGGUCACAGACAUACUUGUAAAUAUAAAUUAUAUACUUAAAUAUAACAUAGAUUUAAAGAGAACUGUACCUUUAUUAAAAUAUUUACAAGGGAAGCCCUUUUAGGAUCAACAUUCAUUGUAAAGCAUAUAUUUGUUACAAAUAUAUUAUUAAAUAAAUGGUAAAAAAUUA